CCACUAGCACAUAAAGAGUACAAUGCAUUUGAGGAAUUAAUUAAAAUAAAAAAAUAACCAAAUAUAUGCACUAGCUAGUAAAAAGAGGUAAAGUGGAUAUUUAAUUAAUAAAUAUCUAAUAACAUAAACAAUUGACAUUAACAAAAUUCAAAAAACAGAGCAAAAAGUCUGAAAUCCACAAAAACCAACAAUAAAAGUCACAACUUUGACUAAUUCCCAUCUAAACUCAACUACACGACACUAUACCAUUCUCUCUCUUUCUUCUCUCUCACCUUCUACCAUUUAUAUAUAAACCCUUUCAUUCUACUCUCUUUUAUUUCCUUUUCUUCCUCUCUAUAUUUUCACUUCUCAAAUGCCAUUUCCGGCGCUUUUUUACCCCACUACACUAUCUCAAAUCCUUAAAUUUAUACUGUAUUAAUUGAUACAUUAAUCAGUAAUGUAUCAAAUGAAAGACUAUAAUUACUCCAUCAUACCCAUCCUUUUGUUACUCCUUACGAGUAACCUCGCCGUUGCGCAACAGAGCCCACCCGGGGGAGUCCCGGAUGGGUUCUACAACGGCGGGAAAUUCAGCCCGUCUAUGGGAGUAAUCAUUAUUGUCCUAAUUGCCGCACUCUUUUUUAUGGGGUUUUUCUCAAUCUAUAUUCGCCACUGCUCCGACAGCUCCUCCACCCACGGUACCGCGGUGGGUCGGGGGAUUGGCUCGAUACGACGGUCGCGUCGAGCCCCACGUGGGCUCGACCCGGAAGUUAUCGAGAGCUUCCCGACUUUCGACUACGCGUCUGUUAAGUCCGCGAAGUUCGGAAAAGGCGCGCUUGAAUGCGCGGUUUGUCUCACGGAGUUCGAGGAUGAUGAUGUUUUGCGACUCAUACCUAAGUGUGACCACGUGUUUCAUCCUGAUUGCAUAGAUGCUUGGCUUGUGGGCCAUACUACUUGUCCCGUUUGCCGUUGCAACCUAGCUGAUGUGGCUGACAUUGGAGUUGAUCAAGUUCAGGUAAACCCGAACGACGUCGUUGUAGAGGUAGUAGACGAAGUAAGGGAUGAAGAUCACAAUGAAAAUAACAAUAACGAAGGAAAUGAAUCAAUGGAGCAGCCUUUACAUGGGAGAAUGGGUAGGAGCCGUACGAUGAGGAACCUUUCAUUUGGACGGCCGAGAUGGUUGGGAAGAUUUGCGCGGUCAUUUUCAACAGGACACGUGGCGGUAAAACAGUGGGAGGAUAUGGAGAGGUUUACGCUAAGAUUACCGGCAGAAGUACGGAAGCAAAUAGUGAGUGGUAAGCUAGAGAGGACCACUAGUUUGUUAGUCCUCCCUAGAGAAACAUCCUCAAGACGAGGUUACCGAACCGGGUUCGGUGAAGGGAGUAGUAGGGGCCGGUUCGGUAGUGUCCGUUCAGACCGACCAAAUCUUGGUCGGUCUGACCGGUGGGUUUUUACAUUAGCGCCGCCCUUUUUUACCAGGGCGCCGUCGGUAAAAUCACCUAGGGGUGUUGGUACUACUAGUACUACACCUACUAGUCGAGGUGGUUCUUUGCGUGGUUCUGUUCGUGAGAAUGUAACAACAACUACUACUACAAGAAGAGAAGGCUCUUUGCGUGGUGCUAUGCAAGCUGAGUUGACUCAUUUACCCGUCUAAGUUAACAAAUUUUUACCUGUAAAUUAUAAAAUUAUCUUAUAGUUUAUUAGUUUUACAUGCUUUUUAAUUUAUUUAUUUUUACAACUUUGGUGGAGGUAACAAUAUUCACCAUAUUUUAAACUUAAUUAGGGGAAAAUGUGAGAAAUUUUUGUUUUGGUUAAUUUUGGUAGGGAUGUAAAUUAUUCUAUUAUACACUCGGUGUAUGUAAGGAUUAAAGGAAGUUAUAUUGGAUGACAUGUAAGAUGAUGGUGAAGUGCGUGAAUGAAACAUUUACACGCCACACAUCGUCUACACGUAUCUAUGUUUGGAUGUAUAAUAGGUAAAAAAUAUGUUGGCCAAAUUCCUAUGAAAAGGAUCAAUAUUGUACAAAGGCAAUUAGGCAAAAGAUUGGAUGAUUAGAUUGACAAGUCAAAAUUAGAAACAAGUUGGAAGCUUCUUCUUUAAGGGUCUGCUAUUGUGUUUGAUAAUUUUGUAUAUGAUGAUUGCAACUUUAGU